AUGUCGAUUAUGGAAUACAACGGUGGCUCCGUUAUAGCCAUGGUCGGAAAGGAAUGCGUUGCUAUCGCAUCUGACCUGCGCCUUGGGAAUCAGGCUUUGGGCAUCUCGUCGAAUUUCCAAAAGAUAUUCCCUGUAACAGAUCGUAUCUACCUCGGCCUUCCAGGACUGGCCACCGAUGUAACGACAUUACAAGAAUUAUUUCGGUUCAGAGUGAACAUGUACACCAUCAAGGAGGAACGGGAAAUUCAGCCUGAAACGUUCGCGCAUCUGGUCUCCUCGACCCUCUACGAGCGACGGUUCGGCCCGUACUUCAUUGAACCAGUGAUAGCCGGCCUAUCCCAAACACCCUCAGGCGGCUUCAAGCCAUUCAUUGCAGCUACAGAUCUCAUCGGAUGCCUCAACUUUGCCAAGGACUUUGUGGUAGCGGGGACAGCUAGUUCAAAAUUGUUUGGUGUUGCCGAAGGACUAUGGGAGCCGGAUUUGGAGCCAGAAGAUCUCUUCGAGACGAUUUCGCAGACUCUAAUGAACGCGGUUGAUCGCGAUGCAUACUCUGGUUGGGGCUGCGUCGUGCACGUAAUCACCAAGGAUAAGAUAAUAACUCGCACGCUUAAAGGAAGAAUGGACUGA